AUGCCGGCCGAGGCGCUGGCUUCUUGGCUGUUUGACUCCGUCAUUACGCCGGAGGAGGACAAUGGAGCAGGACUCCAGCGCUGGAUCCACAGUGGACGGACCCAAGGAGGGAGGGAGCGUGCACCGCCGCGCCGGGAGGACGACGGAGACGGGGGGUCGGAGGUGGAGGUCCAGAGCGACCCCGUGGCCGUUCUGGGGGAGGAGGUGUACCUGCGGUGCCUGUACCACGGCAACGCCUCCAUCACCGGCAGCGCCUGGAAACGGCACAGGGGCGGCCGUGUUCACCGGCUGGCGGGGUUCACCAACGGCACAGCGUUCAGGCGCAGCACGGCUACACUUUCCUUUCCGGCCUCGCCCACCAACCUCACCGUGCGGAUGAGGGUGUCCGGCGUGGACGUGGAGGGGGAGUACGUCUGCGUCUUCGAGUCGCAGGACCGGGAGUUCAACAAGACCGUGAACCUCCAAGUCCACGUCCGUCCGCAGACGCAAUUAUCAGUAACUGCGGAGAUGGACAACGGCACCCACUAUCAGUCUGUGCGGUGCUCGGCUGAGGACGGCAAACCUCGAGCUCAGAUCGACUGGUUGAUCAACAACAAGCCCCCGGUCAAAGACUACUUCUCUAUCGAGCGGAGUGAUUCGCCCGGAAGAAUCGGCGUGAGCAGCGCCGCCAGCAUCCUCCGCUUCCCGACGCACCUGCAGGACGAGGGCAGCGUCACCUGCGUGGUGCGCCACCCGACCCUGGCCAGCCCUGUCUCCACCACCGUCAGCGUGGAAACCUUUGCCGCUCCCAGGGUGAGUGUUCAGGCGGAGAUGAGACAGAGGCAGGAAGAGGAAGAGGAGGAGGAGGAGGACUACUGGAGGGUCUCCUGUGUGGCAUCUGGAGGGCGACCCGAGACCCUCGUCUCCUUGGUGACCACCGCCUCCGACGACGACGACGACGAGGAAGAAGAACCCAGAAGGGAGAACGGCACGGACGCAGGGACGAGUGUGUACCGCCUGCCGGUGCGGGCGUACGAAGGCCACAACGUCUCCUGCGUGUUCACCCAGCCCAAGCUGGCAGGGCCGCAGACCAGGACGCUCCAGCUGCCUUCCUUCAGUCUAUCUGGUGUUCGGUUACUGUCAGAUCCCAUCAACGAGCUGCAGGCCUCGCUGGAGCUUGAGGAAGGACAGCGGGAUGUUUCUAUUGGCCUGGAAGCCGUCGGAAACGUUCCACGCUAUGCCUUGUUUUGUCAAAAGGAGGAGGCGUCGGCGCUGCCCGGGGGAGUAGCGGUGGUGGGGUCGGCCCUCACGUUCCAGGCUCCUGUGGGUCUCCUCCACGAGGGGCUCUAUGUGUGUGAGGCGUCGUACUACCGGCACAGGGCCACCGUGCAAAUAAACAUCACAGUUAGACCCCGGCCCGUGCUGCUCCCUCCCUUGAUAAGUCUUGAUCUGCGGUCCGGACCCUCGGGCCGCGAGGUCCAGUGCUCGGCUGUUGGCGCCAACCCGGCCGCCACCCUGUCCUGGAGUCUCCCCGAGGGCGUGGCCGCCGUCCCCUCCCCCAGCGCCAGCUCCCCCCUGCCUGACGGACGCCGCUCCGUCAUGGGAGUCUUGGCCCUCGGCACCGCGUGCUUCCCUCGGCCGCUCGCCGUGGGAUGCAUGAUCCAUCAUCCGCUCUUCCCGACGCCGGAAUACCGGAGCGUCGCCAUCCCGCUCUGUGCCCCGCCCAACAUCAGCCUGAGCUCCAGAGAGGAGUGGCGAGGAGGGGAGGAGUACACCGUGGCCCGGUGUCGCGUGGUCAGCGUCGCUACCGCGGCAACCGUCACCUGGCGCCUCGGCGGCGGGGCCGACGGCGGGGACGGCGUCGAGAUCGAUGACCUGGAGGGGGUGGAGGUCCGGACAGAGGAGGGGCAGCGCGUCGGCCUGGAGGUGGCCGCCCUCAGCACCCUGCGGCUCCCCACCUCUCUGUACUCGGGUCGGAGGUUGAGCUGCGAGGCGGGGGGUCACCAGGAGCGACAGCACCUGCUCCUCCCCUCCCUGGGGGCCCCUGUGCUGAAUGUGUCGAUGGGGCCGGGGGAAUCUGACCUCUGGCAGGCCGUGUGUGACUCCCAGGCCGAGGGUGUGGAAGCCAACCUCAGCUGGGUCCUACCUGCGGGCUCCAGGGGCCAGCAGUCCCGCCGGUCCUGGACCCACGGGCGCACCGUGAGAACCCGGCUCACCUACCGCUUCGCGCUGUCGUCUCACGAAGGGGACGCCCUGACCUGUUUGGCGGAGUACCGUCGCAGAGGGUCAGACAAGAGGACGGUACACAUCCCAAAAUACUAUAUCUCCUCUUUGAGGGUGCUGAACCACACCACUCGGAUGAAGGCAAGCCACAGUGGUGGCCGAUGCGUGCUCAGGUUAUCCCUGCAUAAGAGUCUGCCCGGCCAGAGAAUAUUGUUUGAGGUGGAGGGGAAUGUACCAACGCACAGCAUUACCUGUCAAAGCAGCGACGGCUCGUUUGUCAAACUGGAAGGAGACGCGCUGGCCUUCCCAACAGGGGUCGAAGGUCGAGACGAGGGACUGUACACCUGCCUCGCCUCUUUCUACCACCACCAGGCCGAACUCCGCCUCCGAGUGGAGGUCAGCUCCCAGGAUCAACAGUUAGCGAACCUCGUCCUCAUCUGCGUCCCCUCCGCCUCCGCCGCGGCCGUACUGCUCGCCGUGGCUCUGUGGGUGUUCUGUAAACUAAAUCCUGGAGCACGAUCGAAGAAACGGGAGACCUCAGCUCUGACAGCUUUAGUUCGACCCCUAAGCUCCCCUGAGAAGAGCAAGGCACUGGUUCGUCGACCAGACGGCCAACAGUAUGCCCAUCUGGAUGGCUACUGUAUAGUGUCUGACGUCAAGUCCACCGUCUGAACCACUGCGCGGUCAGGAGAAUGGAGAGUGCACAGCCAGAGAGGUUCUGCAACUCGCUUGCAGCACUUACUGUCACACACAUGCAUGCACACUGCUUUUGUCUCUCAUACGACUGUGAAGCCUUUGGUCCUGGAAGGAUUGUAAUUAAUUCAAACUUUGAAUUAUUGCAUAUAAUGAAUUACGUCUUAGACAUGAUAUUUGCUAUAGAAAAUUAGGUCCUGGGAUAAGCUGGUUUUCCGUUUUUAAUAUAGCCUUUAACAAAAGGUAUUAUCACGCCCCCUAGUGGUAAAUGUAAAUCCAUUCUUGAACAGCACUGAAGUGAUGCAAAUUUAACAUAACAUAAUUCACCAUAUUCAAAGUGUAUUGUAAUAACGUACUUUGUCUAUGUAUCAACCCCUCUGUACAUUUCCAUUUAAUUGACUAAUUCAGAGUCAGUAAAGCAGACGACAUUUCAAUUAAAAUUGUAUUUUAAGAAAACUGUACAAAAAAAUACCUGUCAAACAUUGAAUACAUGGCAAAAUGCUCCCAUGUGGAUUGAGUUGGACCAGGGAAUCUUCAUGAAACCACGUCCAGUGAGUGUACAGAUAUUUCAAAUGCAUUCCCAGGUCUAUCUUUUCUUGUACACGCAGGGCCUCAGCUCAAAACUUGACGACUUCAUGUCUUCCGAAACGUCUUUUGUCUUGAUAAAGUCAAAGGAGUAGAAGUGACUGUUCUCUGUAUCCUACAGACGAAACAAAGAGGAAUUAGAAAACAAAUCACGUUUUCCCCCAAAUAUAAGCAUGUUUUAGUUCUCGUGCUUCGCCUGAUUGAUUUUAUUUUGACUUACCUUUAUCAUCAUCUUGAACCCGAGAUGUGACAACGUAGUUAAGAAGCCACGAACGUCGUCGAAUCUGCUUGCAACUUCCGCUAUUUUGAGUAUACCCCUAGAAUUAGAGGAAAAAAGGUUUACAGUAACACGCAAUUAGUGAGCAGCGGGUACAACGCAACAAUGUACUGUACUAUUGUACUGCAUGUGUCGUGCACAGGACAUUUACCCCACGACCAGCACUCUAUUCGCCUCCGCUAGAAAAUCAAUCAGGUUGGUUCCCAUGAGAGAGAGGCAAAACACUGCUAUGUGCACACUGCCAUCUUUAAGAGGUACCUGUAAACGGGAAAUGGGGGGGGAAAAGCUAAAUCAGUCUUUAAUACAUCACUCCUGGCAUCCACAAUCCAACAAAUCAAACCCCAGGGGAGAGGCCGGCCAGCAGAGUCACAGAUGUGGGGGAAUACACUCA